AUGUGUAGGGCGGGCGCUGUUGAAGGACAAGGUGGUGCAGAGGAACAUCAAAAAGGCAAUAAAAAUAAAAAAAAGGUUGGUGACGACAAAAAUGAAGACUUGAAAUCAGAGGCCAAAACAAGUAAACCAGGGGCAGAAAAGCCUCAUGAAGAAAAACCUGAUAGAAAGAAACUCGACGACGAGCAAAAUGGUGAAAAAAACGCAGACCAGGAGAAAUCAGGACACGUGCAGACAGUUAACAAGAAACUAGAUGACAAAAAAAUUAAACCCGGUGCAGAGAAACCUGUUGGGAAAAAACUGGAGGAGAAGAAACCAGAUGUAAAAAAAAUUAAACCUGACCAGAAGAAAGCAGGAGACGUAACGAAAGAUGAAAAGAAACCAGAUGACAAAAAAAUUAAACCCAGUGCAGCGAAACUAAAUGAAGAUAAACCUGAUGGAAAGAAAGUCGAUGAUAAGAAACCAGAUGCCAAAAAAAUUCAACCCGGUGCAGCGAAACCGGAUGAAGAGAAACCUGAUGGAAAGAAACUCGAUGACAGGAAAAAGGGUGAUAGAAAUGCAGACCAGGAGAAAGCAGGGGACGGUGCAGAGAAACCUGAUGGAAAGAAACUUGGUGACAAGAAUAAGGAUGACAAAGGUGCAGAGAAACCUGAUGGAAAGAAACUUGGUGACAAGAAUAAGGAUGACAAAAAGAAACCAGAUGUAGAUAAACUUGAUAGAAAGAAACUGGAUGACAAGAAAAAGGAUGAUAAAAAUCCAAACCAAGAGAAAGCAGGAGUCGUGAAGAAAGUUGACGCAAAACCAGGUGGCAAGAAAUCUAACCCGGGUAUCGAAAAACCCGACAAAAAAAUGGCAGAAGACAAAAAACUUGUUGACAAGAAGAAAGAUUAUAUAAAGAAAUCGAGUGGCGUUAAGGAAGAUCGCCAAAAACCAGACGCAACAAAAACAAACCCCAGUGUUGAGAAACCACAUAAGCCAGAGGACAAAAAACUCGGUGACAAGAAAAAUUAUGAUAAGAAUGAAGAUAAUAAGGAAGCAGGAGACGUGAAGAAAGGUGUCAAGAAACCAGAUCACAAAAAAAUCAUACAAGGUGCAAAGAAACCAGAUACAAAGAAGCCAGAGGAUAAACCACUCUAUGACAAGAAAAAGGAAGAUAAAAUCGCGGAUGAUAAGACAGAGAGCGAAAUUAACAAAGAUGACAAGAAAUCAGACGGUAUAAAUACUAAACCAUGCGCACAGAAACUAGAUAAAAUAAGUCCAAUUAGAAAAAAAAUUGGUGACAAGAAAAUAAAAGGCAAUAAGAAUGAUGAAAACAAACCAGAUAAAAAGAAGCCGGAUUCCAACAAAUUCGAUACCAGCGCAAAAAUUUAUAAGCCACGUGAUAGAAAAAGACUCGGUAACCACAAUACAGGUAAAUUGAAACCAGUUACUACAAAAACUAAACCAACCAAAUAUAUAAAAAAACCUCACCGCGUAGAAACAAAACUUAAACCGAGAAGAGGUAACCUAAAACGAAAAUCAUUGGAUAAUAAACCAAAACUUAAACUAUCUGAUAAAAAAACCCAUGUUAAAAAACCGAGAAGAGGCGUUGAAAACAGGAGAGUCAAAAACAACAGACCUCGUGACGAUAAAUUGACUAUACCUGGAUCAAAAUUGAUAGUACCAAGUGCAAUAUUUGCAGUUCAUUGUCAGCCUUACUGUGGUGAGGUGGAAACAACCCCAAGCAUUUCAAAAAACGAUACUGGCCCGGUGCUUUUCCCGCGGAAUAACCAACCUGACACACCCAGUGACCAACCGAAUUACUCCACCAGUUUCCAACCGGAAGCGUAUAUGCCCAUUGACUAUUCUAAAGGUGACAAGCUGAAAACAGAUAGUCCGAAAACUGGCCCAAGCAGCAGAGGACCUGUUCUGUUUCCAGAUAAUAAACCCAGUACACAAAAGAGAAAUGAAGUAACGCAUUGCUGACAUCAACAAAAAAAAGGAAC